GCCAUGUCAAAGAUUCUCAUGGUAGAUGCUAUUUUGUUUGGCCUCUUGGUUUUCUCUGGGAUUUUGGGAAACAUCUUGGUCAUCCAUGUGGUGUUUCAAAGUGCUUUGGAGAAUCCGUCUCGGAGACUCUCUCCCUCCGACACCAUCUUAGUCCACCUGUCGCUGGCCAACCUGCUCACCUCUCUUUUCCGCACCGUUCCCAUAUUCGUGUCCGACCUGGGCCUGGACGUGUCCCUGUCUCCGGGCUGGUGCAGGAUCUUCAUGCUGCUGUGGGUGUGGUGGCGAGCCGUGGGCUGCUGGGUGACGCUGACGCUCAGCAUCUUCCACUGCACGACCCUGAGGCGACAACAUGUGACCUUUGGACCUCUAACUCUGCAGAGGGAGCGGCGGCGGGUGUGGGUGGUGUUGGGACUGGUGUGGGGUGCUAACCUGGCCUUCUCAAUCCCGGCGCUGUUGUUCACCACUCACAUUGAAAGCAACGCCACCGUGGAGCUGAUGGUGAUCAGCUGCACCACACGGCCUCUGCUGGGCUGCGCCUGGAAGUUCCCCAGCGACCAACAAGGAUCGGCCUUCGCAUCCACUUCUCUUGCGCUCAACGAGGUUCUGCCGCUGGUUGUGAUGGUCUUCACCAACUUGGUAACCCUUCACUCCCUUGCUAAACACAUGCGAGCCGUUACCUCGGACUCAGGAAGCCACGGGGAGUUGGAGAAACACGUGUCCACUGAGCGUAAGGCCGCUCAUGUAAUCAUGUCUCUGGUGUCGCUCUUUGUGGUCUGCUGGGUUCUGCAGGUCGCCGCGGUGACCUACUACAACUAUGAUGGCGGGCAUCACGCCGAGGGGCUGCUAACCGUGGCCCACUUCUCUGCUUCGCUGUUUGUGGGAUUCAGUCCGCUUGUGGUGGCUCUGGGACAUGGGAAGCUGAGGAGGAAAAUCAGGAGCUUGAUUCUGGUGUGGACCAACAUCCCUCACAGCCAGGAGACGGAAAGUGGAAAAAAAACCCCCGAAACGAGCAGAAAACAAACCAGUUUUGUUGCUCAGAAAGAGGUUAAGGUUAAAAAGGUCAAAGACAAAGUUAUACCACAAAGAUAGUGAAAAGUAAAAUAUUUCUUUCUUCACUGAAUAAAUCAAGAAUCAUAUAAUUUUUAAUUCCUU